AUGUUCAAAAAUGUCUUUCGAUUAUCGACUAUUGUUCGUCCCAUUCAACAUGAACAAAAACGUUCUUUUUUAACAAUUAUUAAUCAAGGUUUUGAAGGAUAUCGAACAACAUUUGGUAAAAAUCCAGUACAUUUGAAACCAGGCCUUAGUCUAUCAAUUCCUAUAUUACACGAUGUUCAAAAAGUUGAUAUGCGUGAAGCUGGUAUGAAUGUUGAUAAAAUCGAUGCUUAUACAAAAGAUAAUGUGCCUGUACAAUUAUCUGCUGUUUUAUUUUAUCAAGUUAAAAAUGCGUAUAAAGCUUGUUUUGAUGUGACAGAUUAUCAUUCAAGUAUUCGUUCAGUUGGAACAUCAUCACUUCGUUCAAUUGUUGGUCAAUUUGAAUAUGAUCAAAUUAUUGGUGAUCGAAAUAAAAUUAAUAAAGAAUGGUUAUUAGUUGUUGGUGAUUCGAUUGAACACUGGGGUAUACAAACAACUAAAGCUGAAAUUCAAUCAUUUGGUCCUCUCGAUGCAUCUGUAGCUAAAACAUUAGAAAAACAAAUGGAUGCUGAACGUGAUCGACGACAACAAGAAUUAAAUACACGAGCAAAAAUCAAUAUUAGUGAAGGUGAAAAACAAUCAACAAUUCUUCAAAGUGAAGGAAGCCUUGUUGCAGCAAAGAAUUUAGCUGAUGCUAAUUUUCUUACUAUGCAAAGACAAGCCGAAGGACAGAAAUAUUCAAUUGAACAAGAAACAUUAGCACUUACUGAACAAUUACAAGCGAUUAGUAAACAAUUAAAUAAUGAUCAUCAUUUAGCUAUUCAGUAUUUAUUAGCAAGAAAACGUUUUGAUGAAUUACAAGCAAUUGCAAAUGGAAAGAAUAAUUCGACUUAUUUUAUUAAUAAUCAAACUGAAGGUAUACAUAGUAUGAAAAUGUUUACAGAUCUAAUGAAAAAAGAUUCAUAA